AUGUUCUUCUGCGCCAUCUCGGGCGAGCCGCCCCAGGAGCCCGUUGUCUCUGCGAAGUCGGGGAAGGUGUACGAGCGCCGGCUCAUUGUGAAGUACAUCAACGAAAAUGGCACCGACCCCGUCACGGGCGACAAGCUAGAGGAGUCGGACCUGAUUGCGAUAAAAGCUAGCCCAGAAACCGCUCCCCCUCGUCCCCCCACGCAUACUUCCAUCCCGGCGCUUCUGCAUAGCCUGCAGAACGAGUGGGAUGCGCUCGUGCUCGAGACGUACACGUUGCGUCAGCAGUACAACUCGACGCGUCAGGAGCUGAGCUACGCGCUCUACGCGCAGGAUGCCGCCAACCGUGUAGUCGCGCGUCUCAUCAAGGAGCGUGACGCGGCAAGAGAGGCGCUCAACAACAUUCAGGCCGGCACUGGCGCCGUCACGUCGCGCCCCGAGGGCGAAGAUGUGGAGAUGGGCGACCAGGAGGAAGAGUCGGGACAGGUUCUCCCCAAAGAGAUUGCCGAGAAAAUCGACGCAACACAGGCCGAGCUUUCCGCUCUUCGUCGCGAGAAGAAGAAUACCAAGGGGGGCACGACUGCCGCUGAAGCCAAGACCUUCACCUCCAAGCAUACCAUCCCCUCCCUGCACGCCUCCUCACCCGCCGGCAUCACCGCGCUCGCGCUCUCCGCCACGAAGCCCACCCAGUUCCUCACAGGCGGCAACGACAAGGUCGUACAGCUUUACGACCGCGCGACGGACAAGGUGCUCGCGACACUCAAGGGCCACCAGAAGAAGAUCACGCAUGUCGCGUUCCGCGAGAAGGACAGCGAGCCCCGCCUAAUCCUCUCCGCGGGCGCGGACAAGAUCGCGAAGGCCUGGGGCGAGGACGCGGCGUCGGGCGAGUGGGCCCCGCGCGGGACGCUGCGCACGCACAAGGGCGAGGUGACGGGUCUCGCGGUGCACCCGUCGAAAGCAGUGCUUGCGCUCGCGUCCGCGGACAAGACGUACUCGUUGCAUGACUUGAGCCGCCUGGACCAGAAGGAGAUCUUCCGCUCCGCGCCUGCGGACGACGCGUUCUCCGCGCUUGCCAUUCACCCCGAUGGCGCGCUCCUUGGUUUGGGCACGCCGGGGUCCGCCAUCCACAUCUACGACAUCCGUACCGGCGCGCCUGUCGCCGCGCUCACGCCCUCGGACGCCGUGCCUUUCACCGUGAACUCGCUGUCGUUCUCGGAGAACGGGUACCACCUGUUAGCCCCGAGCGGGCUGUCGAGCGUCGCGGUAUGGGACCUGCGCAAGUCGAAGAUGACGCAGAACAUACCGCUGGGCGACGACUUCAAGGUGAACCAGGUCGUGUACGACCUUGGCGCGCAGUUCUUCGGUGUCGCGGGGAGCACUGGGGCGCGGUUGUUUGCGCACAAGUCGUGGGAGGAACUCGUGCGAUUUGAGGAGGGCGGUGAGGUGUCGGCGUUCACGCUCGCGAAGGAUGGCAAGGAGGCGUGGGGUGCGACUGGCAGGGAAGUCAGGAUUUGGGGCUUGCCGGGCUAG